AUUUGUAUCAACGAGCGAUUUUUGCAUUCUAUUCUUGUUGUAUCCCUCGUAAGGUUUCUGUGUGCGGCAACUCAAGGUACUCUCAAGGUAUUCCCAAAUCCUGCGUAAUCCAAUAGAGAACUUCUUAAGACUGUUUGUCGACUUAGAAAAGUGUUGUAUAUAGUCGCAAACACGUAAGAUUGCGAAGUAUAUUUAAGCGCGAAUUGUCGUCGCGCAGCCUCGAGCCGCAGCCGAUGGUGGACCGAACAGGGAACUCUACCUGCAAGCGUCUUCACGGAUAGGCCGUUACAAGACAUUACGCCGACGAUUCUACAGUUUACUUGGAUUAGUUCGUUCACCACGACGAUUUUAUCCAAGUAGUACGAACGGAGGCAAGUCACAAUUUAUGUUUGUCUGAAUUUCUUUUUUCAUCGUUUAUUAUCUGCAAGAAAAUGUGAAAAUUUGAAGCUUCAAACUUGCUAAUGUUGAGUAACUUCCUAUCUUUGUUUCGUAUUUUUGUUUUCAAAUUCUUUUAGCGCUAAGCAGUCCAGACUAUAAACAUUGUAUAAGUAAUCGCAUAAGAGAAUAUUAAUUAAUAAUACAUAGAGAUUUUCUCGCAGUUCGCCAUGUCUUUCAUAUCCGGACCAAGUCAUGCAGCUUACACGUGGGCAGCACAAGGAGGCGGAUUUGGUAAUCAAACGGUGGUCGACAGAGUGCCACCGGAGAUGCUCCACAUGGUCGACGUUCACUGGUACCAAUUCCCGCCAAUAAAUCCUCUGUGGCAUGCGCUUCUCGGUUUCGUCAUCGGCGUCCUCGGCACAGUCUCUAUCAUCGGUAACGGCAUGGUGAUAUACAUAUUCACCACCACCAAGAGUCUCCGCACUCCGAGCAACUUGCUCGUCGUCAAUCUCGCCAUCUCUGAUUUCCUCAUGAUGGCGUGCAUGUCUCCAGCUAUGGUAAUCAACUGCUAUUAUGAGACUUGGGUGCUAGGACCCUUGUUCUGUGAAAUGUAUGGUAUGGCGGGCUCCCUGUUCGGGUGUGGCUCCAUAUGGACGAUGACGAUGAUCGCUUUCGAUAGGUAUAACGUAAUUGUCAAAGGCUUGUCUGCUAAGCCGAUGACCAUUAACGGUGCCCUCCUUCGUAUAUUCGCUGUUUGGCUUUUCACGAUACUUUGGACAAUCGCCCCGAUGUUCGGAUGGAAUCGUUACGUGCCAGAAGGCAACAUGACUGCUUGUGGUACAGACUAUUUAACCAAGGAUAUAAUCUCCAGAUCGUACAUCCUAGUCUACAGCAUCUUUGUUUACUUUAUGCCGUUGUUCCUCAUCAUCUACAGCUACUUCUUCAUCAUUCAAGCCGUCGCCGCUCAUGAGAAGAACAUGCGUGAGCAAGCGAAGAAGAUGAACGUCGCUUCUCUGCGAUCCGCUGAAAAUCAGAGCACCAGCGCCGAAUGCAAACUGGCGAAAGUAGCUCUCAUGACCAUCUCCUUGUGGUUCAUGGCGUGGACUCCGUACCUAGUCAUCAACUUCGCAGGCAUCUUCGAGACGACCAAAAUCAGCCCUCUCUUCACAAUAUGGGGCUCUCUUUUUGCCAAAGCCAAUGCUGUGUACAAUCCUAUUGUGUACGGUAUCAGCCAUCCAAAGUACCGAGCCGCUCUCUUUCAGAGGUUUCCGUCUCUGGCGUGUGCCACCGAAUCGGCGCCUGGCUCAGACACAGUAUCCACAACUACUACAGUUACAGAAGGCGAAAAACCUGCUGCAUAAAAUAACGACGUUCUACACAUCGAUUUUUUGACGAUGCAAUAGAUUUACUAAAUGGAUGUAAAUGCUGUGAAAUGUUAUAUUCUCGUCAUACAGAAAUCGCAUCAUCAUGAGUUGUAAAUAGCAUUAAAUAACGUAUGCAAGUGAGAUACGUCACUAACGAGAAUAUAUUUAACCGUGAUAUUUUAUAUAAGAAAAAUGUACGAUUGACUGUGAUCAAAGCGAGAACCCCAGCCAAGCGAAUAUACGAAAAACUUUAACAACAAAAAAAUCGAGGGCUAAACAGUUUCAUUAUAGCUGUUAGUCUAUGAAACAUUAUAUGCUUCGGCCGCACCACAAGACGAAUGUCAUAAAUGGCUCAUAGCGCAGUUUGUAAAUUUUAUCAUUUCUUGAAAUACAUGGUAACUUUGGAAUCAGCAAAUAUGUAAUGUCGCUAAAAGUAUUAUAUUGUGAGCGGUAUGCGGUAUUAUAUCGCUAUAACGAUAUCUGUAAUUAAUUUUAUAGAAUUAAAUAGAUACUGCAUGCAAUCACAUACGAAUUCUAUUCAACCACAAAAAUUUUUUAAC